AAAUAAGCAGCCUAUAAAAGGUCAUUUUGGUAAUUCCUCAACAACCUGCAGUCUCUAUUCUUCCACUGCUACGGCUACUGCUCUCUCGAGCGUUCACUUUGAUUCACGAUCGCUCACGCGCGUCGCAUCUUUUUCUCUAUCCAGCAAUUUUCCCGGCAAAAUCUUAGUGUUUCGGUUAGAAAUUAGGGUUUAGGGUUUUGAGUUUUAAAUAAAAAUGUCUCAAACGGGAAAAUUGAUGCCAAAUCUAGAUCAACAGAGCACUAAGAUGCUUAAUCUCACUGUUCUUCAAAGAAUCGAUCCUUUUAUUGAAGAGAUUUUGAUUACUGCUGCUCAUGUCACUUUCUAUGAGUUCAAUAUCGAGAGUAACCAGUGGAGUCGAAAAGACGUUGAAGGAUCUCUAUUUGUUGUUAAGAGGAAUACUCAACCGCGGUUUCAGUUUAUUGUAAUGAAUCGGCGAAAUACAGAAAACCUAGUAGAGAAUUUAUUGGGCGAUUUCGAGUAUGAAGUUCAAGUUCCAUAUCUAUUAUAUCGAAAUGCAGCCCAAGAAGUCAAUGGUAUUUGGUUUUACAAUUCACGUGAAUGUGAAGAAGUUGCUAAUCUCUUUACUAGGAUACUUAAUGCAUACUCAAAAGUUCCUCCAAAGUCAAAGGUACCAUCGAGCAAAAGUGAAUUUGAGGAACUUGAAGCAGUCCCAAGCAUGUCAGUGAUUGAAGGCCCCCUGGAACCUUCAUCAACUGCCUCUGCUGCCACUGAUGGUCCUGAAGAUUCUUCGUUUGAGAGUUUCUUUACUGCGGCCACAAAUAUCGGAAGUAGUGCAUCUAAUUUAGCAAAUUCUAGACAACCUUAUCCUUCUCCAGCCACUGUCCCAUUAUCCUCCCAUGCUCCUAAUAUUGUUCUCCCUCCUUCACAAACUCCACAAAUACCAACCCUUUCUCUUUCCCCUUUGCCUGCUUCAGUAACCAUUCGUGAGACUCCUGAUCCAAUCAGCAGUAGCAAUCGUGUUACUAAUCUUGUGAAACCCUCUUCAUUUUUUACUCCACCUUCUUCAUCUGCACCGGUGGCUCCACCUAUCUCUUCAGCCGUGCCUACUGCGCCCUCCCUUCAUCCUCCUCUAAACCUGCAACGCCCAUAUGGUACCCCAAUGCUUCAACCUUUUCCACCUCCGACUCCACCGCCAUCUCUUACUCCUAGUUCUGCUACCACUAUGCCUGUUAUUAACAGAGAUAAAGUCCGUGAUGCACUUUUAACACUUGUUCAGGAUGAUCAAUUUAUUGACUUGUUUUACCAAGCACUGCUGAAGGUGCAUCACUCUUGAGGGGUACUUAAAGAGACAAAGUGGCCUUUCUUUUGGCGAAUCUGACCGAAGUACAGAAUGUUUGAAACUCGAGUUUGAUGUACAGCUGUAGUCCAUAGAAUAAUGGUGGCAUAACUCUCCAUAGUAAUUUUGUCAAUAUUUGUCAUAAAAAUUGCCAGGUUCGAAGGGAUUUACUAUAUGCUUUGAUUCGUUGUUGUGGUGUCUCCCAGUCAAUGGGAUGUUGUAAUAGUAGGAAUAGAAGUUUUGGAUUUCAGGAGGUCAUCUCAGUUUCAGGUUUCAUAGGAGUGCAACAGUUAAUUCGAAUGUCAGAUCAAGGACAAUCUGUCUGUAAGAGAUGAAGUCUCCUUCACUGUCACCCUGGACUAUUGUUACUAUAGUUGUCAUUGCCGUAGUUGAAUUCUUUAUUUUUUUUGAA